AUGUCCAAGAUUCUCACAGUCUUUGGUGCCACGGGUAACCAGGGCGGCUCAGUCGUCCGCGCCAUACUCAACGACCCCGCUCUUUCCAAAGAGUUCAAGAUUCGCGGCAUCACCCGCGAUGUCACCAAGCCAGCAGCCAAAGAGCUCGCCUCCAAGGGCGUUGAAGUCGUCGCAGCCGACAUGAACACAGCCGAACAAGUAGCCCCAGCAGUGAAAGACGCCCACACCGUCUUCCUCGUAACAAACUACUGGGAAACAAACAGCGGCAACGGCGAAAUUGCUCAAGGAAAAGCCGUAGCCGACGCAUGCAAGACUGCUGGUGUCAAGCAACUCGUUUUUUCGUCGCUGUUGGAUACGAACAAGAUUAGCAAUGGGCGAUUGACGCAUAUUAAGCAUUUUGAGGGCAAGGCUGAGAUUGAAGAGUAUAUUCGUCAGAUUAAUGUUCCUGCUACUUUCGUUCUGCCUGGUUUCUUUGCUUCGAAUUUGUUUGGGUCGAUUCGCAAGAACGAUGAUGGGAGCUUUGCUUGGGCUCUUCCUGGUGAUGGAGAUAAGACUCAGGUUCCUAUCUUUGAUGUUCAGGGCGAUAUGGGCAAAUUCGUCAAGGCUGCUAUCAAGAAUUUCCCUGGUACCAUCAACAAGCGCAUCUUCGCUGCGACAGAUUAUUACACGCCCAACAGGAUCAUGUCCGAGUUCAGCGAAGUCAUUGGCAAGCCAGCUACCUUUAACCAAGUCCCCGCCAACGUGUUCAAGACUUUCCUGCCUCCACCCGUCGCUGAUGAGCUGACUGAGAACAUGAUGCUUUUGGAGGACCCUGGAUACUAUGCUGGAGCUGAUCUGAAGGAGAGCUUGGACAUGUUGGAUGAGAAGCCGAUUACUUGGAAGGAAUUUGUUGAGAAGAACAAGUCUAAAUGGGAGUAG